AAUUUGUGUUUGUGAAUCGAUAACGUGAUGAAGGGUGUUCAACCCAGCCCCUGAGGUCAAGGAUCCCCUCCAUUAUCAUUACCCAAGUGAAGUGAUUGUCACUGUUCACAAUGAAGGACGACAGUUCAGAGACACGUGAGAAUAACUCGAGUGAUUUGUCAUCAAAGAGACCAUGUCACGAACAUGGCGAUGACUGUCCAAGUGAGAACGAGCGGGAAUUCGAGUCACUCGAGUACGAGGAGGACGUGUAUUACUCGAAAUUAGCUGCAACGCCUAGUUUCGAUGAUAUCGAUGAACUCAGUAUCAGUGAGGAGAUCGUUAUGCACUGCUGGAAGGACUCUAAUUGCGAACUCGAUGAAAUUGUCGUCGACGACACCGAUCUUGUGUUUGUGGAGGGGAAGGAGGGGAGUAGGAGGAUGAGGAGAUCUAUUAGGAUUAUUUUUCAGGAAUUAUCCAAGUCGUAUUUGGAGAAGAUUAGCAGGGGGCAGAGGAGGCUUAUGGAACGACUGAAAGGAGAGGACGCUCUGCACUCGGGGUUAAACUCGGGAUUAAAUUCACCGUCGAUGGAUAAUAUUGCGAACGAGCUUGCGGGGAUGACGCCCGAGCAGCAGGAGGAGCAGAAGGAGGAAUGGAGGCGUGAAUUGGCCAAGGUAGAAGAGGAGAUACAGACCCUCAGACACGUACUAUCGAGCAAGGUCAGAGUGUCACAGGAGUUGAAACGUAAGUUAGGGAUCACUGUCUGGAAGGAUAUAACGGACGACGUUAACCAGGGUAUUCGCAACGUCAAGGAAAGCCAUGUUUAUCAGAACGUCGGUGAGAAACUCGGUCACUUCACCAGGGCGGUCUCCGAAAACAGUUUAUUCCAGAAAACAGAGUCAGUAUGCAAACAGGCUGCUGGACUCACCACCAGUAUUUUGGGGGGUUUCGGCAGUGGAAUUACAAUGAAACUCGGACAGAUGCGUAACUCAGACAGUUUUCGAUCACUUGAGGAGAAAGUUGGAUCUGCCUAUGAAAAUGUCAAGGGCAAGGUGACCCCAUCGAGAUCAACAUCAACCCAGAGCUUCGACGAGGCCCUGCGAGAGGCAGAGGCCUCCAGACGUGCCUCUGGGGCACCAUCAGUCGCCACAAGCCCCACAAUUCCCGAAGAGAAACCAUUGUCAUAGAGUUUGUCCAACAGUCGGCCUUUGACCCCACAAUGCGACAAUAACAACUAUUCACCGUAUGGAAGUAAUACAUGGGUCGGUCGUCUCGUCCAUUUCUACUAUUGUUCACACUGUAACACGUACUCGAGGUCCAACCAUAAUAUUUAACGAGCUUUCGAACUCUUAAUGUCGAACAUUAGUUCACGAUUGGAGAAUAUCGUGGACUUGAGGAGGACUUUAUCAAUUAAACGUGCUUUCUAAAAAUCCAAACAUGUGGCGCUGAUGCAAUGAUUAUUGUAAUUACUCUGACAAUGCAAUCUUCGAGAGUUCUGCAGUGGGAAAAAUAAUCCUGGCAAUUUGAAUGGAAGAGUCAAGUUUACAAGAAAAGCGAGGGCUUUUUUUCGAGAAGGCAAAUUCAUUGAGAAAUGAGACCAUCAAUCACACAGCACUGUUGAGUCUUUCAAAUAUAUAUCUAAUCCGUUUUUAUGUCAUUGAGAGGGGAACAUUAUUCUUUGAAUUACUAUUUCGUUUAUUCAGGAAUCAGGACGUAGAAUAUCUCGAGAGGAGACGAUUUUUCGUAUUUUUUAUGAUUAAAUUGGUCUUGAUGAUGAGCAGUGCGAGAGGGAAAUGUUGGGGGAUUUUUUUGGUCCGGAGUCAAAAAAUGGAAUUGCCACGAAAAUAUCUUCAGACUUUUCCUCUGAAAAAUUCUCAUUAUCAAAACAUUUUAGUAAUUAUGAAAAUGCGAAAAAUCGAGUCGUACAAUUUUUUCUUUCUUCACCAUUUUUGCAACUAAUUUUUUAUUUUCCUUCUAGAGCUCGAAAGAACAUCACUUUAUAGUAAUGGGAUAUCAAUUAUUUCCCGGGGCGUAAAACAAUAUCAUUAAUUAAGCCUGGGGAAUUUUGGAAGUGUCAAGUAUUUUAUAAACGACUCCCCGCAGUUGAAUCCAACGAUCGGGAGUUCAUUCCUUCAUUUCGAUUUUGAAUUAUUCCAAAUAUGAUAAAUAAACAGGUGUACUUACGACACGUAGUAUAACCGAUGUAUUCAGCUUCAAAGACGAAAAUUUGAGUUACUUUCCUUCUACUUUUUUUUUAGAUUCUAAGGUAAAAUGUGGUUAAUACAAUUGCAUCUGUCCACCUGGCGAAUAAUGUCUCUGCCAAUGUAAUCCUUAUUCUUACUGGUAAAUAAAUUAUUUCAUCAGAA